GAGCAGCGCGCAGACGACAGGUUUACCGACGACCAUGGGCGGCGUCUCUCGUCUGCUAAGUUAUUGCAGCUUGUUUUCAUUGCUGAUGGUAUUGUCCAGAAUCUCGCAAUGUGAUGCACAGGCUGGUCGACGGCUGGGGUUACAAGGAAUGACGGUCGCAGCCGCCGAUAUAGCAGCGUGCAGGACUGCAUGCAUGAACAUGCCGGGGUGCGCCGCCUUUGAUUUUACCACGGCCCCCACGUGCACGCUGUACCAGGCCCCUAUCGCCUGUCUGAGACCUCUUAUCGUAGAUGCUACAGCAACAUUUGAAGUCGUAAGGCUCGAUUUGUGUCCGUUUAUGCCUCCUGGUUCCAUCCCCGCGAUGUUUGACACUCAAGAUGCCGGGUUCACCAUCCCGGGGGGUAUGGCCAACUCCGCCAACAACAUCACGGCAUGUGUGGCAGCGUGUUCUACGGGCUGCUUCGGCAUCAGCUUCGACUACAGCUCCACUGCCAGUACCAGAUGUUUCUUGCUCAUGACAAUGACCGCUGUCUGUAUGACGCCCCUGGUGCCUUCCUCAGCAGGGGUGGUAUACAGGGUAGCCUGCCCAGUGGGCACAGGUUUGCCGGCUAAAUUUGGAACGAGCAUGCUGAAUAUGGAACUGAUGGGCGGGACGACGGUACCGCAGGCCAGAACGCUGCAGUCCUGCGCCGCUAACUGCGGGUCCAGCUGCAUUGCCAUCACCUUCGACACAGCGACCCAGAUGUGCCGUACCCACUUCUCGGCCACUGGGUGUAACGCAGCCGUCACCAACUUGAACGCCAUCACUGUCAGAUGUGCAGUCUGCAACACUGCCCCUGGAGCCAACACCACCACGUGUUUCGGCAACAUGGAGACGCUGACAUGCGCCACGGGAAUCGUCUCCAUCGCCUCUGCCACAUAUGGUCGGGUCGUGGGGUCUCAAGUUUGCCUGCCAAACACGGGCACGCCCAAUGCGUGUACGGAGCCCAAUAUCUUCCCUAUAGUUCAGUCGAUUUGCAACAAUAAUGCCGGGACGUGUAAUGUAAUGAACAGCAUUAAUAGCUUGUUAUUGGCAGCGAUGGCUAUUCCUAUUGGCUUCGCAGGGUGCACUGAUGCUUCGUCUCCGGUUCUGAUGAUACAGUAUAACUGCGUCACAACCACGCCUAUUUCGACAAUAGCGCCAUCUACAGUGACGCCUACCACACUAACCAUGCCGCCUACGUUCAUGGCACAGAUGUACACAGUGACAAUGGGCGCCCACAUCCCCAACGGCGUCCAGCUCCCGGGGGGCCAACUACACCUCAGCCACUUCCUGCACCACCGCCUGUGACAGCAUG